AUGCAUGGAAUCUGGGAACAGGCUGCUAACAUAAUUGCAGCUAGCAAACCAUAUUUUUGUUAUCUGUCAUUACUUAUUGGUUUUUAUGCUGCUAAAUGUUUUCUUUGUUCAUUAGUACCGGGGCCACAACAUCGAUCAAAACUCAACUUACGGAAUCGUACUGUAUUAAUCACUGGUGCUAGUUCAGGUCUCGGGAGAGAAUUAGCUUUUUGUUUUUACCGAAGAGGAGCAAAAUUAAUUUUAACAGCACGAAGUAUUGAUAAACUGAAAGGACUCUGCCAAGAGUUGAAAUCAUUACCGGGUGUAGAUAAUGGUAAUGAACCAGUUUAUAAAUAUUUGGAUGUCAGUGAGCCGAAUGGUGUCGUAGAACUUGUCUCGGUUGCCAACAACAACAAAAUUGAUGUUUUGGUCAACAAUGCUGGUUUAAGUAUGCGAGGAAGUUGCAGGAAUACAACUAUGAAUGUUCAUAGACAAGUAAUGGAGGUAAAUUACUUUGGCCAUGUAGCCGUAACUAGUGCACUACUGGAUUAUAUUCCGGAAGAUGGGGCAAUAGUGUAUAUAAGCAGUUUACAGGGCCGCAUUGCUGUGCCAUUUCGAAGCUCGUAUUCCGCUAGUAAACAUGCUGCACAGGCAUUUUUUGAUUGCUUACGGACCGAAGAACGUUUUAACACACAGAUUCUUGUUGUAAGCGCAGCUUACAUCAACACUGGUUUUGGCCAUAAUGCACUUAAAACAGAUGGUACACCAAUGAAUAUUGAUGAUUCGAAUCAAUUGAAAGGCUUUCAUCCAAAUUAUGCAGCUGAAUGUAUUGUGAAUGCACUAGUAAAUCGAAAAACGGAAUUGCUGUGUGAUUCUCGGGGUUACAUUAAAUUCAAUCGACCUAGGUUGCAGCGUGAUUUUGAACGAAUACGAAAGGGUCUAGAACGUGUAACUGGAGAUAGAAAUGUGCCAAAGGCGAAGGUGAACGACUUUUUUCGAAGAAGCUCAUAUUUAUUGGGGAGUUAUGUAGCUGGAUGCCUGCUUGGAUACACAUUUGGAUAA